UGGCAUCAUGGCAGCGGUGGUUGCUGUUUGCAGUGCUCUUGGGAGAAAAAAGUUGACGCAUUUCACCACGGCUGCAGCCAGCUUCACAGAUUCCAGGAGUCACGCGGUAGUCUACAGAAGAGCUUGUUCGCAAUAUAAACAGGUGACCAGCAAUGAGGACCUGCCCAUUACAAUGGAAAAUCCUUACAAGGAACCUCUUAAAAAAUGCCUCUUGUGUGAAAAACGUGUAGAUUACAAGAAUGUACAGCUUUUAUCCCAGUUUAUUUCUCCGUUUACUGGAUGCAUUUAUUCAAGGCACAUAACAGGCCUUUGUGGGAAGAAACAGAAAGAAAUCACAAAAGCAAUUAAGAGGGCGCAGAUAAUGGGUUUUAUGCCAGUCACUUACAAGGAUCCUGCAUAUCUCAAAGACCCCAAAGUUUGUAACAUCAAAUAUCGGGAGUAAAUUAUAUAAGAUUAUUACCAAUAAACUUACUUUAUAGUAAA